AUGGCGAUGAAUGUGUUUUGGAAGGUGAUGAUGAUUGUGUGUGGCAUUGUGGCGAUUCAUGAGCAUAUAAUUGGCACACGAACGGCGGUAGCAGACUUUUACUCUGUAGGCGUCGUGUACGGAAGGACAGGAAAUGACAUUCCCGACGAAAACUCGGUAGUUGAACUCUGCCACAAAUAUUGUUUAAAGAAGGUAAGGAUUUUGGAAGGCAAUCCAAGACUCAUGAAUGCGCUAAUCGAUCAGAACAUUGCAGUAACCAUUGACAUUAAGAAUUUCAGAUUACCUUACAUGGCAAACAACAAUGGCCGAGACGCUUAUGAUUGGAUUCAGAACAACGUCAUGCCCUUCAUCGGUAAGGUUCAAAUCGAACAAAUUGUUGUUGGCAACGAGGCCAUUCCCGGCAUCUUUAGCCGGCACGUUGCUCCGGCAAUAGAAAAUAUUAAGAAUGAACUCCUUCAACAGGAUCUAAAUAUACUGCUCACUACUGCGGUGUCCACGUCGGUUUUGAGUGCUACUUUUCCGCCUUCCAACGCUGCGUUUAAGGAUGACACAAGACAACAUAUGAUAGACGUCAUCAAAGCUAUGGAAGCUUUAUACCACAAACCAGUGCUUAUGGUGAAUGUGUUUCCAUAUGAUUACUAUGCAGCGGGUCUUAUACGCCAGGAUUUCGCAACAUUUACUGCAGACGAAACUAUUUAUAGGGACGGCAGCAAUGGUUAUUGGAACAUGCUUGACGCCUUAUUGGACGCUUUCAAUCAUGCAGUGUCCAAAGAGGGUUUGGGGCGGUUGAGCUUGGUGGUGGGUGGGAGCGGUUGGCCAUCUGACGGCAACGGCAAUUUCACCACACCAGCACUUGCGGCAACAUACAAUCAAAAUUUUAUGAAACGUCUGGCUAGGGUACAGGGGACGCCUGCUCGAUUAGGAUAUCCCGUUAAGGGGUUUGUUUAUGCCCUGUUCAAUGAAAACAUGAGGCUACCAGGUCCACCCCGACAUUUUGGUCUUUUCAAUACCAAUAAAACACCAGCUUAUCUUUUUCAUGCUCCUGGAUGUAAGGUCUAG